CAGGUUAUUAAGUGCACCUGCUAGCUGCUGAGCAGUCGCGUGCUGGUUCCUUUCAAUUGUGGCUGGUAGCAUUGGCCUGCAGAGCGCCUUGUCUUUUGGACGUCCAACGUGCCGUACAAAAACAAAUAUGGCGUCUUCUAUGGAUGUCCAUGUCCGAAUUUGUGGACAAGAAAUUAUAAAAUAUGACCUAGAAAUCAAGGCUCUAAUUCAGGACAUCAGGGAUUGCCCUGGACCUCAGUCUGCUCUCAGGGAGUUCAACUCUCAGGUCAAAGAGAAGUUCAACAAACUCAGACUCAGGAUACAGGAUCUGGAGCAGAUGGCCAGAGAGCAGGACAGAGAGACGGACAGACAGGCCAUUCAGGCAGAGACUGCGAGCCAGCGAAGGCAAAUGCUAAGUAACCAGACGGCUUGGAGAAAAGCUAACCUGGCUUGUAAACUGGCCAUAGACAACAUGGAGAAAGAGAUGCUGCUGUGUGGAGGAGAGAACCAGACCACCAGACAGAGGAAGGCGACUAAAGAGAGCCUAGUGGAAACCAGCAGUGACAUCACAGAGAGUCUGAUGUCCAUCAGCAGAAUGAUGUCUGAACAGGUGAAGCAGAGCGAGGACGCCAUCGGCACACUGGCCACUUCCUCUCGGACGGUGCAGGAAACCAACGAGGAGUUUAAAAACAUGACAGGAACCAUCCACCUGGGGAGGAAACUGAUCCUGAAGUACAACCGGCGGGAGCUGACGGACAAGCUGCUCAUCUUCCUGGCUGUGGCCCUUUUCCUCGCCACCGUCCUCUACAUCCUCAAGAAACGUCUCUUCCCCUUCAUUUAGCCAACUGGCCGAGUCACACGCCUGCUGACAAGAAGAGUGUUUUCCAGGUAUUCUACUCAGCAGGAAGUUAGCACAAGAAAAACUAGCAGGUAUAGAGUUUAACUAUCAACUAAAUGGGGAGUUAGAAGCUGCGUUCAGAAUGGACUGCUGCACAUAUAAAAAUGUAUUUUACCUUUUUAUUUAGAAGCCUCGAUUUUUAGCGUGAACUAAAUACAGUAUAUGAGUUUACAAAAUGGGUAUAAAGGACUUUAUAAGAUCAACUUAAGUGGAAGGAGCAUAGUGACUAAAACUGGAAUUAUGAGGUUUCAUGCGACGACAGUGAUGGGUUUAAAGCCUCAGCAUGCUUCAAACAAACUCGGUUAUACAUGUUGUUUGACAGUGUCUAAAGGCAAGAGCUUCUAUACCUGAUAUGAAUGAACGCACUUAAAGGUGGGGUGAAAAGUUUACUGUAAUGACCUCCUCCUGGCUGCGUCACACUUGCUCUCUAAGAACGCUGCUGUGUAGUCUUGAUGUAAUGAUUUGUAUAGUUUGGGACGAGGCUGCACAUUUUCAUACAGACUCUACUCAAAGGCAUUCAGGUGACAACAGUAGAAAAGACUGUUUGAGAAGUUUCUGCCUAUUUUCACACCUACACCCCCACUGACGAGAUGUUGCAUGAAAAUGACACAUUGAAGGAUCCUGAGGCAUUAAUACUUCAUCUGGUAUUCAGGACUAACCAGGGUAAAGGCUAUAGUGUGCAAUAACCUUUUUGUUUACUUUUUGUCAAACUGCAAUCUGUGUGUUUGGGUGGCUAUUUCAAAGACAUUGUUGUUAGUUAUUGAUGAGUGUACCCUGUGCCUUUCCUACAUCCAAUCAGACGUCCAGAUCAACUAAACCAGAAAUGUGAUUCCUUGCUCUUUCUGUGAAGGAUGUCUCAUGCCGAGUGAGUGAACGUGUGAAUGUUAAACAAAAAGUCUUUGUUUGAAUUAAGUUGAAUAUAUUUCCAACAUAUUGCGGGAUAUGUUGCAGUGCAGCAUUACCACAGCUGUGCCAGUAGAUGGCAGAAUACCCAACAUUAUAUCACCAUUAGAGAAUUUAUGUGAACAAUGUUAAACAGGUCAUUAAUGUCUUAAUUAACACACUUUAAUUAACACUCUCUGUUCAGUGACAUCAUUGUAGUUUAUUUAAUUUCAAUCAAAAUUGCUUACAAAUGUAUUUUUC